AUGGACCAACUCGACGAAGACGAGUUCUACGGCGACACCACCACCACCACCACCACCACCGCCGCCACCACAACCACAUCCACCCCCGCGCAGCCUACGCCCCCCACGCAGUCGCAGAGCACGCCGGCGGUGUCGGCGGCCCCCGCCGCGGACACCCCGAUGGCGCUGCCAGGGCUCCCGGGCCUCACCGCGUCCCUGACGCCGGGGGGUAAUGGUGGAGACACGCCGAUGACGACCGCGGGCGCGGAUGAGAGCCUGGAGGAGGGCGAGGAGGAGGAGGAGGAGGAGGAGGUGGAGGUGGAGGAUAGUGAUGAUGAGAUCGAAUUCGUGAUUGAGCGCAAAGACGGCACCCGCCCCGAACCCCCCCCGCAGCCCUCGCGCUACAACCAACCCAUCAAGACUAUCCCCCUCGACUCGGACACCCUCCUCCCCGCCGACAAGCCCUGGCGCAAGCCCGGCGCCGACGUAACAGACUACUUCAACUACGGCUUCGACGAGUUCACGUGGACCGCAUACUGCCAGAAGCAGGAGUCGCUGCGCGACGAGUAUGACCCCCAUAAGCUGAUGGAGCAGAUGAUGCUCCUCUCCGGGAUGGGAAUUGGCCUGCCGGCGAUGGAGAUGCCGGAUAUGGGCGCGAUCAUGAGCUUUCCCGGCGGCCCUGGGCAGCAACAGGCGGCUGGGCCUGGGGGCGUGGGUGUCGGCGUCGGUGCCGGCAUUGGUGUUGGUGUGGGGGUUGGGCCUGGCGGCGACAUGGGCAUGGGUGACGCGCCGUAUGGUGGGCCUGGCGGGUUCGAUCAGAGCGCGGCGGCGUAUGGGAGGGCGCAGGUGGGCAUGUAUGGCCCUGGAGGCGGCGGCGGGGAGGAGCAGGCGGGGAUGGAUUACUCGGUGUAUAAUCGCCCGCCGCAGGGGCCUGGGGCGGGGAUGGGCGGGUAUGGCGGGUAUGAUCAGGGGAUGAUGCAGCAGCAGCAGCAACAGCAGCAACAGCAGCAGCAGCAGCAGCAGCAGGGGGGGAAUAGGGGGUAUGGGCCGGGCCCGAGGGGGAGGGGGGGGAGGAGGGGGUGGUAG